AUGGCGGAUUGCAGAUUAUUACAAGGUGAAGUAGAACAUUUAUUAAAACAAGGGUAUUUAACUGAAUUGUUUAGUGAAAAGGGAAAGCAAGCAUAUUUGAAGAAUAGGCAGGAACCUCCAAAACCUCCUUUACCAAAAAGGACAGUUAAUGUCAUAAGUGGAGGGGAGAAGAUCAAUGGCGUAACAUAUACGGCAACAAAGAAGGUUUUGGAAGAAGAUAGUAUAACAUUUGAUGAUACAGAUGCAGAUGGUGUACUGAGCGCACAUAAUGAUGCACUGAUGCAAGCCAAUGAUAAGCUGAUACCCAAGGCACGCAUCUUGUCUGGUUUUGACAAUUCGAGCAUCGUAAUAAAAGGGGAGACAAUACUUACCACAUUCGCAGAAAGAGUAGUCAAAGACACCAAAUUUCAAGUAGUAGAAAUAGAUAUGGCUUAUGAUAUGAUUCUCGUCAGACCAUGGAUUCACGAAAUGGAUGCUGUCCCAUCUACGUUACAUCAACAAUCACAAAAUUCAGUUGAGGAUGCAGCAACACGAGCCUCAACUGAAGACAAGCAAACAGAUGUAGACUCGAGGCCUGAUACUAUUCAAGAAUCGGAAGAAAAUGAAAACAUCAAGACAACAAUCAAGGAACUGGAAGCUGUGUACUAUUUGUACAUUGGCUGGACAAAAAAGUCUACAUUGGCAUAA